AUGAACCAGAACGGAUACUCGAAAUGGGGAUCGCUCAACCAGAGUACAUUGCCCAAAUGGUCGUCCUGGAGUGGCAGCGGGACUCCAUGGGGUGGGAUAACGACCGGCAAUGCCAACCUUUACACUUCCUCCGGCAAAGUGUCCGGCACCAGAACCAGGACGUACGACUUUACCGUGGCGUCGUGUGAUGUCAAACCGGAUGGAGUCUUGACCAAGGGUGCUGUCUGCAUCAAUGGACAGUUCCCAGGGCCGCUGAUCGAAGCCAAUUAUGGCGACACCAUCAGCGUGACCGUCCGCAACAAUCUGAAAGACGAAGGAACCGCCAUGCACUGGCACGGCUUCCUGCAGACGGGUAACUGCCAGAACGACGGUGUGCCCGGAGUCCAGCAAUGUCCCAUCGCACCUGGAAGCUCCUACACGUACACCAUGAAGGCCGAGCUGUACGGAUCCAGCUGGUACCACACUCAUUAUUCUGCUCAAUACGCCGGUGGUGCUAUCGGGCCAAUUGUGGUCUAUGGACCUUGGAAUUCGGGGUAUGAUGUCGACAUUGGCCCUGUGAUGCUGUCGGAGUGGUAUCGCGAUAGCUACUCCACUGUCGUCCAGAAGAUGUUCAGGCCACUGAAAUCUGGAGGACCUGUCCGGCCACUCGCCAACAGCAAUCUGAUCGAUGGGAAGACGAGGUUUCCGUGUGGAAAGACCAGUCUGUCCUGUGUGACUGCCAGCUAUGCCAAGUUCAACUUCACCUCCGGCAAGAACCAUAAGCUGCGUUUGAUGAAUGUUGGCUCGGCGGCAGUCCAGAAGUUCAGCAUCGAUGGCCAUGUCAUGCAGGUGGUGGCGACCGACUACAUGCCGGUGAAGCCGUACAACACCUCGAUGGUGGCGCUCGGUGUGGGACAGAGAGCCGAUGUUAUUGUCUUCGGGUCCGGGAAGAAGGGCGAGAAGUACUGGAUGCGGUCGAAUAUCGUCGGUUGUUCCCUCAACGACGGCGUCCUGACAGAAGCUCGAGCUGUGAUCUAUUACCAGGACGCCGACACCAAGACGCUGCCGACGGCAAUAGCCAACCAAGGUCCUGGAGCAGCAAACGACAUCAGGCAGUGCGGCGGUGAUCCUCUCAGCACCACGGAGCCCAGCUACCCACUGGCGGCGGGCAAGCCUGAUGCCACGAGGACUUUCGAAAUCCGGACCAAGAGCAAUGGAACUAACAUCAUCUACACCUUUGGUGAGGGUGCAUCUGCGAGGACAUUCCGAGCGAACUUUAAUGAGCCAUUGUUGCGAAAGGCGUUGGACAACACCAUCAUCGAGGUCGAUCCAACCAGGAAUCUGUGGUAUCUGCAGAAUGCCAAGGUAGCCCGGGCCAUCAUCUACAACUACAACGACGCACCUCAUCCGAUCCAUUACCAUGGCCACAACGUGCAGAUUCUGAACGUCGGCAUGGGAAAAUGGGAUGGCACCAUCAUCCGUCCGAACAAUCCCCAGAGACGUGAUGUGCAAAUGAUGCCGCCAGGUUCAGAAACCACUCCCAGUUUCCUCGUGAUCCAGAGGGACGUCGACAAUCCGGGUGUCUGGCCUCUGCAUUGCCACUUUGCAUGGCAUAGCUCCAUGGGUCUCGUCGCCAAUAUCGUCGAGCCGUCCGUGAAAGGCAUCCAGUCGUCUUUGAGUGCUGCGACAGCUCAGAUCAAAGGAACAUGCGACGGCUGGAAUGCGUACUUGAAGAAGACCGGCGGGCCUCUGUUGACGGGGAUUGAUUCUGGAUUGUGA